AUGAAUCCUCAGACCUUCAUUAGGCUCUCAAUAGGGUCACUGGGGUUGAGAGUGCCUGGAAUAACAUUAAAUGGUGCAAAAUCAGGGAGAAGUGCAUUAUCUUUUCCUUGUGUGUGCGAGAUCCGUCUUCGUGGUUUCCCUGUGCAAACAGCAAUAAUUCCAUUGGUAUCUUCUCCUGAAACUACUCCAGAUUCUAACAAUAUCGCCUCCAGUUUUUAUCUUCAAGAAUCUGAUUUGAAAGCAUUACUGGCACCUGGCUGUUUAUUAAAGCAUCAUGCAUGUCUAGAGAUAGUUGUUUUCACAGGACACAAUGAAAGUCACUGCGGUAUUAGUAUUAAAAGGCAGCAUAUUGGGACGUUUAAGCUGGAAGUAGGUCCUGAGUGGGGUAAUGGAAGGCCAGUCAUUCUGUUCAAUGGUUGGAUACACAUUGGCAAGAACAAGUGGCUGGAUGGAAUAGCUGGAGCAGAGCUUCAUUUGAGAGUGAAGCUAGAUCCAGAUCCAAGAUAUAUUUUCCAGUUUAAAGAUAAGACCAAACUAAGUCCACAAAUAAUUCAGCUUCAAGGAACCAUCAAGCAGCCUAUUUUUAGUUGCAAAUUUAGCCAAGACCGGGUAUCUCCACGAGACCCAUUGAGUAAUUUUUGGUCUAGCUCUUUUGAUGGUUCUGAACUAGACAUUGGAAAAAGAGAGAGGAAAGGAUGGAAUGUGAAGAUACAUGAUCUCUCUGGCUCGGCUGUUGCAGCAGCCUUCAUAACAACUCCUUUUGUGCCGUCAACAGGUUGUGAUUGGGUUGCCAGAUCCAACCCAGGAGCUUGGUUGAUUGUUCGUUCUGAUGUUUGCAGGCCUGAAAGCUGGCAUCCAUGGGGAAAGCUUGAAGCAUGGCGUGAACGUGGGAUCAGAGACUCCAUUUGCUGUCGGUUUCAUCUACUAACAGAGGGUCACGAAUUGGGGGAUCUUCUUAUGUCUGAGAUCUUGAUCAGCGCUGAAAAGGGUGGGGAGUUCUACAUAGACACGGACAAACAGGUUAGAGCAGCAUCGACUCCAAUGCAUAGUCCAAGAGGGAGUGGAGACUUUGCGGCAGUAAGUCUUGCAGCAGAGGGUUUUGUGAUGAGCUGUCGGGUGCAAGGGGAAGGGAAAUGCAGCAAGCCCCUUGUGCAGCUUGCGAUGCGACAUGUGACUUGUGUGGAGGAUGUUGGGAUUUUCAUGGCUCUUGCAGCUGCAGUUGAUCUGAGCAUUGAAGCAUGCAGGCCCUUCCGUAGAAGGCUUAGAAGAAGUGCUAGCCAUUCCUGGUGAUAUGAUACUCAACUUGGUUUGCUGUAUAGAUUGAUCUCUUCUGGUUCCGGAGAAUGU